AUGAUCUACUUGAAGUCCCUCCUUAACGUGAUUGAUAACUCGGGCGCCCAGGUGGCCGAGUGCAUCAAGGUUCUUCGCCAUGGUCCGCGCAACUUCGCUAGAGUCGGCGACGAAAUCACCGUCGUCAUCAAGCAGGCCAGACCGUUGAACUCCGAAAUCACAGGCCAGAGUGCCAACAACAGAGUCAAGAGAAGAGAUAUUUGCCGUGCCAUUGUGGUGAGAACGAAAGCUCCUUUCAGACGGCCUGACGGCUCUACCAUCCGUUUCGACGAUAAUGCAUGUGUGUUGAUCAACAAGAACGGUGAUCCAUUGGGCACCAGAGUGUCAUCAGUGGUGGCCAAGGAGUUGAAGGACUUGCAGUAUAACAAGAUUGUGUCGUUGGCACCCAAGGUAUUUUAG